CAAACAAUUACACACCGUCCUUACACUCUGCAAAGAUGAAGUCUCUUUUGAUCAUCCUUGCCGUCGUCGGUCUGUGCUACGGCCAAAAUGCCGGCACCAACACCCCCGAGGUGCAUUUGGACAUGCCCAUCCAGAACUGCGAGUCUGGCAGCUGUCAGUCCCAGUCCACGAAGGUGGUCAUGGACUCCAACUGGCGCUGGGCACACGAAACUACAGGCUACACUAACUGCUACGAUGGUAACGAAUGGUCACCUGAAUUCUGUCCUGACGCCGAUACCUGCACGGCAAACUGCGCCAUCGAUGGUGUGGAUCAAGCCACUUGGUCCGGCACUUACGGUGUUACGGCGUCCGGCGGCAGUCUGUCCCUGAAGUUCGUCACCCAGGGUACCUACUCCACCAACGUUGGCUCCCGAGUGUACCUUAUGGAGUCUGACUCGGCUUACCGCAUAUUCUAUCUGAAGAACAAGGAAUUCUCCGUCGAUAUUGAUACGUCGCAACUGCCCUGCGGUCUCAAUGGCGCCUUGUACUUCGUCGAGAUGGAAAAGGACGGUGGCAUGUCAUCAUACCCCACAAACAAAGCAGGUGCAGCGUACGGUACUGGAUAUUGUGAUGCCCAGUGUCCUCAUGAUGUCAAAUUCAUCGCCGGCAAAGCCAACAGCGACGGAUGGAAGCCAUCUGAGAACGACCCCAAUGCAGGAGAGGGCAAAUACGGCGCUUGCUGCUUCGAGAUGGACAUCUGGGAAGCUAACAGCCAAGCGCAGUCGUUCACCUCGCAUCCUUGCAACGUCAAUGGCUACCACCCUUGCGAAGGCACCGAAUGCGGCGACAACGGCGCUGACCGCUACAGCGGAGUCUGCGACAAGGACGGUUGCGACUUUGCUUCGUACAGAAACGGAGUACACGAUUUCUAUGGACCUGGCCUCACUGUCAACUCCAACUCAGUAAUUACCGUCAUUACUCAGUUCAUCACUGCUGAUGGUUCUGAUAAUGGAGACCUCUCGGAAAUCCGCCGAAUUUAUAUCCAGAACGGUCAGACAAUUCAGAACGCCGCUGUGAACUUCCCUGGUGUCACUGCCUAUGACUCCAUUACUGAACCUUACUGUAACGAGAUCAAGAGUUUCUUCGGUGAUGUCGAUGACCACGAAGCCAAGGGUGGCCUACGAAACAUGGGACAAUCUCUGGGUCGCGGACACGUUCUGGUCAUGAGUCUCUGGGACGAUCACUACGCCAAUAUGCUGUGGCUCGACAGCUCCUACCCUACCGACGGAGAUCUGAAUGCCCCUGGGACCCUGCGAGGUCCCUGCCCAAUAACCAGCGGUGUUCCCUCUGAGGUGGAGAGCCAAUACGCCAGUGCUACCGUCAAGUUCUCCAACAUCAAGAUUGGCCCCAUCCAGUCGUAUUAAAUCGACCAAUUCACACCGUGAUGACUAAUGGCUCAACUUAACGAAUUUCCAUGAACUUAAUGAAUCCAUGUAGUUUAUAUGUUCAAUUUUUACGAUGCAAAUAAAAAUUUCUUCAAUGAA